UUCAAUUUCCAUCGCCGGAAAACCAACAAAAAAAACCCAAAAACAAAAGAAAGACUUCGGAGAACAGAAGAAAGCAGAAGACAAUUACGUUGAAGCCGAAAGAGAGAGAGAGAGAAACGAGAGCAGAGCAGCAACAACAAACAAAGCCAAUAGAAAGCUCGAGCCAGAGUUUAGAAAGUCGACUCAGUCGAGUGAGAAUGAGAGAUGUUAAAACAACAGAAGCAGCAGCAAGAGAAUGAUGCAGGGUCUUCAUCACCAACAGCAGCAACUCGCGACGCUUCUCUCCGUCGCGCUUCCCAAGGACGAUUCGGCUUCCGCCUCGGCCCCAUCCUCUAACUCGGACGACGAUGACUCGGCUAGACUCGCCGCCAUCAACUCACUUCACCGCGCCGUUCUUUACCUGCCCAACUCGCUCCUCGUCACUCACUCCGCCACUUUUCUCGCCCAGGGCUUUUCGCAGCUUCUCUCCGACAAAUCGUAUGCGGUGAGGCAAGGGGCAGCUGUAGCGUACGGGGCUCUUUGUGCCGUGGUUUCUUCGAUCCCUAUAACGUCAAAUGGAAGACAAAACCAUGUUAUGCUGGGAAGCUUGGUUGACCGGUUCAUUGGUUGGGCGUUGCCGUUGCUUAGCAAUGGCGGCGCUGGAGAAGGGACCAUGGAAUUGGCAUUGGAUAGCCUACGGGAGUUUCUUAAUGUUGGGGAUGUUGGUGGGGUUGAGAGAUAUGCUUUGUCAAUUCUCAAAGCAUGCCAAGUACUUCUCGAGGAUGAGAGAACCUCCUUGAGUCUGUUACAUCUGCUUCUCGGCGUUUUAACAUCGAUUUCGUUAAAGUUUUCUAGAUGCUUCCAGCCUCAUUUUCUUGACAUUGUUGAUCUUCUUCUUGGGUGGGCUUUGGUACCAGACCUUGCUGAAUCGGAUAGACGAAUAAUAAUGGAUAGUUUUUUGCAAUUUCAGAAUCAUUGGGUGGGUAAUUUGCAGUUUUCUGUUGGACUGCUGUCGAAGUUUCUAGGUGACAUGGAUGUUUUGCUUCAGGAUGUAAAUCAUGGAACCCCACAACAAUUUCGAAGGUUGCUUGCAUUGCUUUCUUGUUUUUCAACAAUUUUGCAGUCCACUGCUUCUGGGUUGCUGGAAAUGAAUUUACUUGAACAAAUCACUGAACCCCUUAACAGAAUUGUUCCUCGUUUAUUGGGAUGUUUAUCUAUGGUUGGAAAGAAAUUUGGGUGGUUGGAAUGGAUUGGGGAUUUAUGGAAGUGUUUGACUCUGUUGGCAGAAAUAUUUUGUGAAAGGUUUUCCACCUUUUAUCCCCUUGCAUUUGAUAUUUUAUUUCAAAGUUUGGAAGUGGACAAUACUACCCAACCAAUGGGAAGUGGAAGAAUUACCUCCUUUCAAGUUCAUGGAGUUUUAAAAACUAAUCUCCAAUUAUUAUCCUUGCAAAAGUUUGGCCUUCUCCAAUCAUCUGUGCAGAAAAUAUUGCAAUUUGAUGCUCCAAUAUCUCAGCUGCGCUUGCAUCCUAAUCACCUAGUAACUGGCAGUUCGGCUGCCACUUAUAUUUUCUUGCUUCAACACGGGAAUAAUGAAGUUGUUGAACAAGUACUGACAUCUUUAACAGAGGAGCUGGAGUUGUUGAAGGGCAUGUUAGAGAAAGCCACGGGUCUUGGAGAUGAGGUUGUUGGAUGCUCUAAAUUGUAUUCAAAACUUGAAUUGUUUGCAUUGAUUAAAUUUGAUUUGAAAGUUUUGUUGACAUCUGUUUUCUUGGGUGGGGAGAACAGUUUGACUUGUCAACUAGACAUUGCAACACUAUAUCUUAUGAGGUCAGAAAAAUUGUUGGAUUUUAUCAUAGAGAAAUUCAAUCCUUUUGACUUACCUAUUAUGGCAUAUGUGGAUUUGCAAGUCAAUGUUAUCAAGACAUUAGACAGGCUAACAACAGUUAAAUUCUUAAGCAAGUGCUCUAUAACAUAUCAGAGUAGUGGGAAAUCAUCACCAGUUGUGACUGCUGAUAAAUUACUUAAUGGCAAUUAUUUGACGAAUGAACUAUCAGUUGUGGUUGUUGAGAAUCUGAGGAAGUACGGUAUGUUCUUUGUGAAAGCUCUCCAUGUUUCUUCUCCUCUUGCAGUUAAAACAGUUGCGCUAGAUUGGGUUCAAAGUUUUGGUGAGAAUGUUAUUGCUUUUAACGAGAAAUCAAACUCAGAAACUGAUUUCUAUGAAGUGUAUGGUAAUAUUAAGAUUAUUGGGAAUAUGCUUUUCUCAAUUUUGGAUGCUGCAUCUGACAGGGAACCAAAUGUGAGGUCACAUGUUGCAUUAGUAUUGGAGUUGUUACUGCAGGCAAGGAUUAUACAUCCUCGCUACUUUUAUUGUUUGGCUGAAGUGGUCCUAGGAAAACUUGGUGAUCCAGAUAGUGAUAUAAAAUAUGCAUUCGUUCGGUUGCUUGCUAUUGUUGUCCCUACUACAUUGUAUGCAUGUGGGCUUCAUGAUUAUGGGACAUCUACUUCUUCUAGGGCUGUUGCUCUUCGGUUAGGCAAUAGUUCUAACUUGCAAUGGAAGCAAGGAUUUGCCUUGAAGCAGCUCCCUCAGCAACUUCACUCGCAACAACUUGUUACCAUAUUGAGUUACAUAUCCCAAAGGUGGAAGGUGCCUCUUUCCUCUUGGAUCCAACGGCUUAUUCAUAGUUGUCGGAGUUCAAAAGACCUUCCAAUUCAACUUGAGGAAACAGGAAAUUUUGGUGCCAUCGGUGUGUGGUUGGACAUAAAAAUGGAGGAAGACUUUCUUGAAAAGCAUUGCUCAGUUAAUAAUCUGGCUGGUGCCUGGUGGGCUGUUCAUGAAGCUGCUAGAUAUUGUAUUGCCACACGCCUUCGGACUAACCUUGGUGGGCCAACCCAGACCUUUGCAGCAUUAGAGCGAAUGCUUUUGGACGUUGCACACCUGCUAAUGCUUGACAGUGAGCAAAAUGAUGGGAAUUUAAGUAUGAUAGGGUCAUCUGGUGCUCAUUUGUUACCAAUGAGGUUACUAUUCGAUUUCGUUGAGGCGCUGAAGAAAAAUGUAUAUAAUGCAUAUGAGGGAUCUGCUGUUUUACCGUCUGCUACUCGCUCUAGUUCCUUAUUCUUUCGAGCUAACAAGAAAGUCUGUGAGGAGUGGUUUUCUCGUAUUUGUGAGCCAAUGAUGAAUGCUGGAUUAGCUCUCCAAUGCCAUGAUGCUACAAUUCAGUAUUGUGCUCUGCGUUUACAGGAGCUGAGGAGUCUUGUGGCUUCAGCUUUGAAUGAAAAGUCUAGGUCACAAGUAACUGAGAACCUCCAUAAUAUCAGGGGCAGAUUUUCUGCAGACAUCUUGAGGGUUGUACGGCACAUGGCAUUGGCUCUGUGUAAGACUCACGAAUCAGAGGCUUUACAUGGCCUGGAAAAAUGGGUUUCAAUGACACUCGCUCCCUUUCUUGUGGAGGAAAACCAGUCCCUCAGUAACAGUAGGGCGUUGGGACCCUUUACAUGGGUCACUGGGCUUGUAUAUCAGGCAGAAGGUAAAUAUGAAAAGGCUGCUGCGCACUUUAUUCACUUGCUACAGGCUGAGGAGUUGUUGAGUUCCUUGGGUUCUGAUGGUGUACAGUUUGUCAUUGCACGCAUCAUUGAGUGUUAUACUUCUGUUUGUGAUUGGAAAUCUUUAGAAUCCUGGUUAUCAGAGUUGCAAACACUUCGUGCUAAGCAUGCUGGGAAGAGUUAUUGCGGUGCUCUCACAACGACGGGCAAUGAAAUUAAUGCAAUCCAUGCCUUGGCACGGUAUGAUGAGGGUGAAUUUCAGGCAGCAUGGGCAUGCCUUGGCUUGACACCUAAAAGUAGCAGUGAGCUCACACUUGAUCCGAAAUUGGCCUUGCAAAGAAGUGAGCAGAUGCUUUUACAGGCAAUGCUUCUUCAGAAUGAAGGAAAGGAAGAUAAGAUGCCACAUGAAUUACUGAAGGCCAGGUCAAUGCUGGAGGAAACAUUGUCUAUUCUGCCGCUUGAUGGAUUAGAAGAAGCAGCAGCAUAUGCUACCCAGUUGCACUGCAUCAUUGCAUUUGAAGAAUUUUACAAGAUUAAAGGCAACCAAGAUAAACCCAGGCAACUUCAGUCAAUAUUAAGUUCAUAUGUCCAACUUAUGCAUCCACAAAUGGGUAGAGUCUAUCAAGAUUGUAACCCUUGGUUAAAAGUUCUGCGAGUUUAUCAAACCAUUUCCCCAAUUUCUCCUGCUACUCUAAAGCUUUCUAUGAAUUUGUUGAGCUUGGCCCGCAAACAACAAAACCUACUGUUGGCAAACCGUCUGAACAAAUAUCUCAAAGAUCACAUAUUGAGUUGCUCCAGGGAAAGGCACCAUGACUUUCUCACCUCAAAUUUGCAGUAUGAGGGCAUCCUGCUAAUGCAUGCUGAAAACAAGUUUGAAGAUGCUUUGAUGAACCUUUGGUCUUUUGUGCGUCCUUGCAUGGUUUCUUCACUGUCUAUAGUUUCUGAUGCUGACAAUCGUAUUCUGAAGGCCAAGGCAUGCUUGAAACUCUCAAAUUGGCUUAAACAGAACUAUUCAGAUUUGAGGUUAGAUGACAUUGUUCUUAAUAUGCGGUCAGACUUUGAGAUGGCUGAUUCCUCUUCUCCUGGAAGGGGUAGGCCCUCAUUUGGCGAUGAGAUCUUAAGCUCUAAACCACCUUUGGGUCCUAUCAUUGAGGAAAUUGUGGGUACAGCUACAAAAUUGUCUACUCGUCUCUGUCCCACUAUGGGAAAAUCCUGGAUUUCUUAUGCCUCUUGGUGUUUUAGUAUGGCCCAGGAUUCUCUCUUAACCCCAAAUGAAAAUACCCUUCACUCAUGCUCAUUUUCUCCCAUCCUUGUUCGUGAAGUUCUGCCCGAGAGAUUCAAGCUAACUGAAGAUGAGAUCAUAAAAGUGGAAUCUUUGAUUUUACAGCUCGUUCAGAAAAAGGAUGACGAGGGUUUUAGAGCUGAACAGGGAGAUUCGAACUACUCUCUUGAUUCUACUGAAGUGAGAAAUAACAACCCUGUGAUGGCUUUGGUGCAGCAAGUAGUGAGUAUCAUUGAAGCUGUUUCUAGGGGACCUGGUGCAGAAGAUUGUAGUGACGAUUGCUUUUCUGCCACUCUAGCUUCUCAGUUGAAGAUCUGCUUUCUUCGUGCAAAUUUUGGCCUAAAUGAAACCGAUAUAAUUUCUGUAGUUGAUGAUUUAGUUGUUGUUUGGUGGUCUUUGAGGAGGAGAAGAGUGUCACUCUUUGGGCAUGCAGCUCAUGGCUUUAUAAAGUAUCUUUCGUAUUCAUCCGCUAAAAUUUGCAAUGGUGGCUUGGCUGACUCUGAUUUUGAGCCUCUGAAGCAAAAAGCUGGCAGCUAUACUCUGAGGGCUACAUUGUAUGUCCUACAUAUUCUUCUCAAAUAUGGAGCGGAGUUGAAAGAUAUACUUGAACCUGCUCUUUCAACUGUUCCUUUGUCACCCUGGCAGGAAGUAACUCCUCAAUUGUUUGCUCGGUUAAGUUCUCAUCCUGAGCAAGUGGUUCGGAAGCAGUUGGAGGGCUUACUGAUGAUGCUGGCCAAGCAAUCUCCUUGGUCUAUUGUCUACCCAACACUAGUUGACGUGGAUGCUUAUGAAGAGAAGCCCUCAGAGGAGCUUCAGCACAUACUUGGUUGUUUGAGUGAACUAUAUCCAAGAUUGAUUCAGGAUGUUCAGCUUGUGAUAAAUGAGCUGGGAAAUGUUACUGUUCUUUGGGAGGAGCUCUGGCUCAGCACACUUCAAGAUAUUCACACAGAUGUAAUGAGGCGCAUAAAUGUGCUGAAAGAGGAAGCUGCACGCAUUGCAGAAAAUGUUACUCUUAGCCAGAGUGAGAAAAACAAGAUAAACGCUGCUAAAUAUUCAGCUAUGAUGGCUCCUAUUGUUGUGGCCUUGGAGCGUCGUCUAGCUUCUACAUCUCGGAAACCUGAAACACCUCAUGAAGUAUGGUUCCAUGAGGAGUAUAAAGAUCGGUUGAAAUCAGCCAUCAUGGCCUUCAAGACCCCUCCAGCAUCCGCUGCAGCACUUGGUGAUGCAUGGCGUCCAUUUGAUAACAUUGCUGCAUCCUUAGGAUCUUAUCAGAGGAAGUUAUCAAUUCCUUUAAGGGAAGUCGCACCACAACUGGCUCUACUAUCAUCGUCUGAUGUUCCAAUGCCUGGUCUUGAGAAGCAAGACACAGUCUCUGAAGCUGACAGAGGUCUCAGUGCUAAUCUUCAGGGAAUUGUCACCAUUGCUUCGUUCUCUGAGGAGGUGGCUAUCAUAUCAACCAAGACUAAACCUAAGAAACUAGUUAUUCUUGGUUCAGAUGGUCAAAAGUACACAUAUCUCUUGAAGGGCAGGGAAGAUCUCCGCCUUGAUGCCAGAAUCAUGCAGCUCUUGCAAGCUAUAAAUGGUUUUCUGCAUACAUCUCUUGCAACUCAUAGUCACUUUCUUGGUGUUCGCUAUUAUUCUGUGACUCCAAUUAGUGGCCGGGCUGGCCUCAUCCAGUGGGUGGACAAUGUAAUUAGUAUAUACAGUGUCUUUAAGUCCUGGCAAAACCGCAUCCAAUUAGCUCAGCUCUCAGCAGUGGGUGGCAGCAGUUCAAAAAGUUCUGUUCCUCCAGCUGUUCCCCGACCCAGUGAUAUGUUCUAUGGUAAAAUCAUACCAGCACUCAAAGAGAAAGGUAUAAGGAGAGUAAUUUCACGAAGGGACUGGCCUCAUGAGGUGAAGCGUAAAGUUCUUCUGGAGCUUAUGAAGGAGACUCCUAGACAGCUUCUUUAUCAAGAACUUUGGUGUGCUAGUGAAGGAUUCAAAGCGUUCAGUUCAAAACAGAAGAGGUUUUCUGGAAGUGUUGCUGCCAUGAGCAUGGUGGGCCAUAUUCUUGGCCUCGGGGAUAGACACUUGGAUAAUAUUCUAAUGGAUUUCUGUAGUGGUGAUAUAGUACAUAUUGAUUACAAUGUUUGUUUUGAUAAAGGGCAAAGAUUAAAAAUUCCAGAAAUUGUUCCCUUCCGCCUUACACAGAUCAUUGAAGCAGCGUUAGGGAUGACUGGGAUAGAAGGUACCUUCAGGUCAAACUGUGAAGCGGUUAUUGGUGUUUUGAGGAAGAACAAAGACAUACUCUUGAUGUUACUUGAAGUGUUUGUUUGGGAUCCUCUUGUGGAAUGGACACGGGGAGAUUUUCAUGAUGAUGCUGCAAUUGCUGGUGAAGAAAGGAAGGGCAUGGAGUUGGCUGUCAGUCUGAGUUUAUUUGCAUCACGUGUGCAGGAAAUUCGUGUUCCCUUACAGGAACACCAUGAUCUUUUAUUGGCUACUCUACCAGCUGUUGAAUCUGCUCUUGAGAGGUUUGCUGAUGUUCUAAACCAAUAUGAACUUACAUCUGCACUCUUUUAUCGAGCUGAUCAAGAGAGAUCUAACCUAAUUCUGCACGAGACAUCUGCGAAGUCAAUGGUUGCUGAAGCAACUAGCAAUUCAGAGAAAAUUCGUGCUUCGUUUGAAAUUCAGGCUCGAGAAUUUGCUCAGGCGAAGGCCUUGGUUGCUGAGAAAUCUCAAGAGGCAGCAACCUGGAUGGAACAACAUGGAAGCAUCCUCGAUGCUUUACGAAGCAAUUUACUUCAAGAAAUAAAUGCCUUUGCAAAGCUGAGUAGUAUGCAGGAAACCUUGUCUCUUACGUCGGCCGUCCUGGUGGCUGGGGUUCCACUGACUAUUGUUCCUGAGCCUACACAAGCACAAUGCUACGAUAUAGAUAGGGAAGUCUCUCAACUAGUAUCUGAAUUGGACGAUGGACUCUCUUCUGCGAUAAAUGCACUUCAAGUAUAUUCUUUGGCUUUGCAAAGAAUUUUACCAUUGAAUUACAUUACAACGAGUGCAGUUCAUGGCUGGGCACAGGCUCUGCAGCUUUCUGCGAGUGCUCUUUCCUCUGAUAUCCUUUCUCUUGCUAGAAGACAGGGUGCUGAACUUAUUUCCAAAGUACAUGGGGAUAAUACUGAUUCUAUCAAACACAGUCAUGAUGAUAUGUGUCUUAAAGUGAAAAAGUAUGCUCUAGAGAUAGAGAAGCUUGAAGAGGAGUGUGCUGGACUAGUGAAUUCUAUUGGCUCGGAGACUGAAUCAAAGGCUAAGGAUCGGCUUUUGUCUGCUUUUAUGAAAUACAUGCAAUCUGCUGGUCUUGCAAAGAAAGAAGAUGCUAUUCUUUCCAUUCAAUUUGGGCAAUCUAAAUAUGAUGGGAAUGGGACAAAGGAUGCUAAAUUGCGUGGGGAGCUAAAUGAGAAAAAGGAAAAGGUUUUGUUUGUUCUGAACUCAGCAGCCAGUUAUUUGUACAAUGAAGUCAAGCAUAAGGUGCUCGAUAUAUUCAAUGACUCAAAUAAACGGAGAAAUGCAAACAACCAGUUACAAUAUGAAUUUGAAACUAUUUUCUGUGGGUUUGAAGAGCAAGUAGAGAAGUGUAUACUUCUAGCAGGGUUUGUUAAUGAACUUCAGCAAUUGAUUGGUAGAGAUGGGCCUAGUGGUGGUGACACAGAUAAAGACCAUCCAGGAUAUUACUCUGAUAGAAAUUGGGCCUCCAUUUUUAAAACCAUUUUACUUUCCUGCAAGAGCUUGAUUGGGCAAAUGACUGAAGCUGUUCUUCCAGAUGUUAUAAGAUCUGCAGUUUCACUGAAUUCUGAAGUCAUGGAUGCAUUUGGACUAAUCUCUCAAAUUCGUGGUACUAUUGAUACAGUACUUGAGCAAUUUAUAGAGGUAGAGAUGGAGAGGGCAUCUUUAGUUGAACUGGAACAGAACUACUUUUUUAAGGUUGGUCUCAUUACUGAGCAGCAGUUGGCUCUUGAAGAAGCUGCCAUGAAAGGUAGGGAUCAUCUUUCAUGGGAAGAGGCAGAGGAGCUUGCAUCCCAAGAAGAAGCUUGUAGGGCACAGCUGGACCAACUCCAUCAAACUUGGAACCAAAGGGAUUUGCGCACUUCCUCUCUCAUAAAGAGAGAAUCAGAUAUAAAGAAUGCCCUGGCUACUUCUGCCCACCAUUUUCACUCUCUAGUUGGCGUCAAAGAGGAAGGAGAGCUGCAUGUCUCAAAAAGCAAAGUGCUACUGUCGAUGCUUGUUAAGCCCUUUACUGAUUUGGAAUCAAUUGAUAAAGUGUUUUCUUCAUUUGGAUCCACUUCUCACUCAAAUGAGAUUUCUAAUUUAGCAGAUUUGAUGAGUUCAGGGUACCCAAUAUCUGAAUAUGUUUGGAAGUUUGGCAGCUCAUUGAAUCAUCAUUCUUUCUUUGUUUGGAAAUUAGGGGUUAUUGAUUCUUUUCUUGAUUCCUGCCUAAAUGAUGUAGCUUCAUCUGUGGAUCAAACUUUAGGGUUUGACCAGCUCUACAAUGUUGUUAAGAGAAAGCUUGAAAUGCAACUUCAAGAGCAUCUUGGUCGAUACCUGAAAGACCGAGUUGGCCCUAGUUUAUUGGCUAGCAUAGAUAAAGAAAAUGAGCGUUUGAAGCAACUGACAGAGGCUACAAAGGAAGUUUCUCUUGAUCAAGUUAAAAGAGAUGUUGGGGCUCUGAAAAGGGUUCAGCUUAUGCUUGAGGAAUUCUGCAAUGCACAUGAAACUGCCAGAGCAGCAAGGGUAGCUGCAUCUCUAAUGAAAAAGCAAGUGAAUGAGCUCAGAGAGGCUCUUUGGAAGACUGGCCUAGAGAUUGUUCAGAUGGAAUGGAUGCAUGAUGCUACUUUGAACCCUUCUCAUAGUAGUAGGGUCAUGUUUCAGAAAUUUCUUUCUGGUGAUGAUAGUUUAUACCCUAUCGUCUUAAAACUGAGCAGACCUAACAUGUUGGAAAGUUUACAAUUUGCUGUGUCAAAGAUAGCUAGGUCUAUGGAGUCACUGCAAGCUUGUGAACGAACUUCUCUUGCAGCUGAAGGGCAGCUUGAGAGAGCAAUGGGGUGGGCCUGUGGUGGCCCAAACUCCAGUGCAACGGGAAAUAAUUCAAGCAAGACUUCUGGAAUUCCUCCUGAAUUUCAUGACCAUCUAAUGAGGCGAAGGCAACUACUAUGGCAAGCUAGAGAAAAGGCAUCAGAUGUUAUAAAAAUUUGCAUGUCUAUAUUGGAGUUUGAAGCAUCAAGAGAUGGUAUUUUCCAUUCUCCUGGAGAUAUCUAUCCAUUCAGGACUGGUGCAGAUGGUCGAACAUGGCAGCAAGCUUACUUGAAUGCACUAAAAAGAUUGGAUAUUACUUACCAUUCUUUUGCUCGCACUGAACAAGAAUGGAAGGUUGCAGAAAGGACCAUGGAAACUGCUUCUAGUGGAUUAUCUUCUGCAACCAACGAACUUAGUGUUGCCUCUCUUAGAGCAAAGUCAGCUUCAGGUGAUUUACAAAGCACCGUGCUUGCAAUGAGUGACUGUGCAUGCGAAGCCAGUGUCGCACUGAGUGCAUAUGCCCGUGUGUCAAAUCGUCAUUCUGCUUUGACUUCUGAAUGUGGUUCCAUGCUCGAAGAGGUUCUUGCAAUAACUGAAGAUCUACAUGAUGUUCACAGUCUUGGAAAGGAGGCUGCUGCAGUACACUGUUCUCUUGUACAAGAGCUCUCAAAGGCAAAUGCAAUUCUUCUUCCACUGGAAACAGUGUUGUCCAAGGAUGUAGCUGCCAUGACUGAUGCUAUGGCUAGGGGAAGGGAGACCAAGACGGAAAUAUCUCCCAUUCAUGGACAAGCAAUAUACCAGUCUUAUUCUUUAAGAAUUAGGGAGGCUCGUCAGGCCAUAGAGCCUUUGGUGCCCUCCCUUACGUCAUCUGUGAAGGGGCUCUAUUCCAUGUUGACUAGGCUUGCACGAACUGCAAGUCUCCAUGCUGGGAAUCUUCAUAAAGCUCUUGAAGGACUGGGAGAAAGUCAGGAAGUAGAAUCACCAGUAAUUGAUGUAUCGAGGCCAGAUCUUGCUGCUGAUGCUACUGGAUUUGAUGAAAAGGAGGAGAAAGAGAGCCUCUCCAUGUCAAAUGGUGAAAGCACCAAAGAUUUUCUUGGCAUUACUGGACUUCCUUUGGAAGCUAAAGGAUGGUUAUCUCCGCCAGAUAGUAUCUGCAGUAGUAGUACAGAAUCUGGCAUUACCUUAGCUGAAGAGAGUUUUCCAGGUAGCUUCAAUGAUCCAGAAGAUAUAGGACAACAGCUUUUGCUUGGGCCUAGCAGCAGAGAGGCUACAGAUUAUCAAAAUACCGCUCCUUACUCUCAAAAUGAUAACCAAGAAAUCACAGAUUCUGCGCAGUUCGAAUCAAAGUACACAGAGGUUGAUAACAUUCAUAUUGGUUCUUUCAAGUCAACACUUAGUGACCCAAAUGAAUAUCCCCAGGCUGUGGCAUCACCAAGUGAUGAAUCUGCAACUGUUGGUCCUGAAAUUUCGCGUCCGUCAAAUGAGAACACACAGGAGAAGUUUGGGAGUAAAGAGGAAAUAUCUUCACUAAACAAGGUCAAAAUUAAGGAUGAAAAUCGUGAUGCUAUGCAGGCUUCUAGCCGAGUAGGCAGGGGUAAAAACCCUUACGCAAUGUCGGUCUUGAGGCAAGUUGAGAUGAAACUAGAUGGUCGAGAUAUUGCUGAGAACAGAGAAAUUAGCAUCUCAGAACAAGUUGACUAUCUACUUAAGCAGGCCACUAGUGUGGACAAUCUUUGCAACAUGUAUGAAGGUUGGACACCAUGGAUUUGAACUUGUGAAGAUGAUGAGUUUCCAAGUCUGUUUACAGAGAGCAAAAAACAGUGUCAGGAAUGUUGGGGUGGUUCAUUUUUGCCGUGCAUAAUCAGACAAUCGAGCAUGGAACCUUUUGCAUCCUUGGCAAACUUCAGCAACCCCGGCUUUCUGUUCGUUUCAAAUCUCCUGGCCCCUGAUCAUUAAAUGUGCCAUGGUUAUCUUUGGAAAGAAACUGGCCACAAAUGUCCAAUAACUGCAUUAGGCAUGUGCCCACCCUAUAACGGUCAGCAGUUAAUUAGGCGGAGAACAUGCGGUGCCUUGACAAAAUUAAUGAAUGUUUCAUGCAAACCAGUCUUGCAGCUUGAAGCUGAACUCGAUUUCCGAACAAAACAAGGGCUUGCUUAGCUGCCUUCACUGCUUUAGUCCUUUUAUGAAGAUGGGACAACCUCACACUAUUAUCCAAAGUAGAAAACUGUUGGAGGUUUGAAAAAGGUUUUUCCACAGUUGCAAUUUAAAGUAAGAGGAUUUUGGAUUUGUGGCAGCUUGCUCGCAUGGUGUAUCACAUUUGCUUAUCUCUGCUCCAUUCUCAGUAUCUCCCAAAGCAGUCUCUAGAAAACCAACACGAUCUCCAUAUCGCAAAUUUGCUUACCAAUGUUGCGUUUCAGAAAGAGCAGGAUCUUCAUCUCUGCAGGAAUACCAAAACUACAACACAACCUGAAAUGCGUUUUUGGACAGUGCCAUCCUCUUUCAUAGUUGGAAACUUUGAGAGUUCCCUUUCUUUCACAUUUUUUUCUUCUUCUUCUAGAUAUCCACUUUAUUGGGGGAGGAUGGUAAGAAUGACAGUUGAAACUAACAAAACAGAGCAGUGGUAUUCUUAAUAAAAAGAUGCACUAAACUAAA